UUUCCUUCCAAAUCCACGCUCACAUCGUUCUCUUUUCUUUUCUUUUCAUGUCAUGCUAUGCUGAGGGAGAGGGAGGGGUCAAAUGCUCCCUUAACUAAUACAAUUUUUUUGCAAGCUUUUCUUUUCCCUCCUUUUACUCUUCUCUCUUUCUUUCCCUCUCUCCCUCCGCUUAUCGAUCUCCACUCUCCAAACAAAGAGCUCUCUCUUAAAAGAGAAGGAGGAACAAGGAAGAAACGAAUCAGUUUUGGGUGAUGGACGGCGGUGCUUCGUACAACCCGCGAACAGUCGAGGAAGUUUUUCGAGAUUUCAAGGGUCGUCGAGCUGGCAUGAUUAAAGCCCUUACUACUGAUAUGGAUGAGUUUUUCCAGCAGUGCGAUCCAGAAAAGGAGAAUCUUUGCCUUUAUGGAUUUCCCGGUGAGCAGUGGGAGGUGAAUUUACCUGCUGAAGAGGUGCCUCCAGAGCUUCCGGAGCCUGCGCUGGGUAUUAACUUUGCUAGAGAUGGAAUGCAAGAAAAGGACUGGUUAUCAUUGGUUGCUGUACACAGUGACGCAUGGUUACUUUCUGUGGCUUUCUACUUUGGUGCUAGGUUUGGUUUUGAUAAAGCUGAUAGGAAACGCCUUUUCAAUAUGAUUAAUGAUCUUCCAACAAUAUUCGAAGUUGUGACAGGAGCAGCUAAGAAACAGACAAAGGAGAAAUCGUCAGUUUCAAAUCACAGUAGCAAUAAAUCUAAAUCAAACUCUAAGAGAGGUUCUGAAUCACAGGCCAAGAAUACAAAGGCAAUUCCAUCAAAGGAUGAGGAUGAUGAUGUUGUGGAAGAGGAAGAUGGUGAGGAGCAUGGAGAGACAUUAUGCGGGGCUUGUGGAGAGAAUUAUGCAGCUGAUGAAUUCUGGAUUUGCUGUGACAUCUGUGAGAAAUGGUUCCAUGGAAAGUGUGUUAAGAUUACACCAGCCAGGGCAGAGCAUAUUAAGCAGUACAAAUGCCCAUCUUGCAGCAACAAGAGAGCACGGCCUUGAUGAUGGUUGGUCGGUGGCUUUUAUGUGAAUUCUGGCAUCAGGGUCUGCUAACUGUCUUGUAGGUCAAGCACUCAAGUUUGUUCUUAGUCAAUGUGUCCUUUAAUCUAGGAAAUCUGUCUUGGCUUUUUAUUUUUAGGUCAUGAAUUCGCUGUUUAAUUUGAUUAUAAAAUAGGAUAUUUAGAAUCAGGUUUAGAAUCAUUUUCUUCCUGCCAUUGGAAGGGAGUCUUGUUCUAUAUCUGAAUCUUCCUUUUCUUUAUGUGCAUCUGCUUUCCUUUUUGUAUUCUAAGCU